UCUUUUCAUUUGACUUUUUUUAUUUUUUAUUUUCCAUUGUGCUUUGAUUUCUUGUAGUUUCAGAUUAUCAUCUAUCUUUAUGACUUUCUGUUCUUUGUCUACUCGUUGUUUAUAGAUUUUCUCUUAUUUUGUCUGUAAACACCACUUUUUUAUUUUUACGCUGCUGCUGGCAUUGUCGCUGCAUGGGUUAGAUAAAUAAUUCAAAAAAGGCUAUUCAUCACACACACAUUUCUUUUCAACUUAUAUCAGACACACAGAGCCACACGGAAAAUACACACAUACUUGGACGCUAUCUACGAUGGGAAUGAUUAUAUUGGAUACGGUGCGCAACUCCACAUCAUACUACUGGGGUGAAAGGACAUCGACUAUUGACUGGUGCGAGGAGAACUAUGCUGUGAGCAACUACAUCGCUGAGUUUUGGAAUUGCUUGACGAACGGGAUCUUUAUCGCGCUGGCGCUGAUGGGAAUGUACACGACGAUCAAGCACAAACAGGGCAAGCGUAUGUUUGCGUGCUACGGGCCCAGAUCGUGCUUCCAUGCAACCCUAAAAUAUACCACCCAAAUGCUGGACGAGCUGCCCAUGCUCUACCUCUGCGCCUUUGUUUUCUACGCACUGGUUGAAGCCGACAAAAAGCCUGCCUACGGCGUGCUUUUCCCCUCAGUCCUGUUUGCAUUUCAGGCAGGCAUCACACUAACGUACCUGUUUUGGGUGCAGUCGCCAGUGUUCCACCAGGUGGCCUUUGGAUUGACUUCCGUGGCAUGCGUUGUUGGCACGCCCCUGGACACUCUGCUUCAGCUCCAUGGCUGGUGGCAUAUUUUAACUGCCUACGGCAGUACGUAUUUGCUGCUCUGGGUCCAUUUCAUCCGCUUGGCGCGUUUGGGCCACGAUCAUUUGUUCACUGUGCGGUACCGUUUGGGCUUCCUGCCGUAUGUCGCCCUGAAGAACCCCAAAAAGAUAGAUUAACUUGCCCUUCCGAGAGGUGGGGGAGGGGGGGCAGUGUUGCUUGGUAUCUUAUCUUGCGUUUUAAGAUUACAUUUGUAAAGGUUUCUUUUUCUGUUUGUACUGUUCUCUCUUCUGCGUUGGGAGACCUUUGUGUCAUAUUUUAUUCAGGAUGGUAUACACGCAUAUCAUCACUGGUUUACAUUUCAUCUUUUAUUCUUAUAUUUUUGCUCAGC